GUAGGAGCCUGUUACGACCACACUAACAGCCACUUGGAGAUGUCUUCAGGAUCCAAUGGUGCCAGGCGCAUAGCCUCAAUACUGCGGCCUUCGAUUGCCGAACAGCGAGUGUGCAGCAGCUGUCAAGAGACACUUGUCCGCCGCAACUAUGCCUCCGCGGCUACACCCAUUUCCCCUAAACCCUCUUCGUCGACCUCAUCUACGUUUCCUGUUGUGAGCCCGACUUAUACUAUCAAUGCUGGCGUGCUCCUGUCCCGUCCGCCCCAAAUCACACGCGACCUCACCGAUUUUGAGAAAGCGUACUACUUCUACCAGAAGCGUCUGAACGAGCGACUGGCGCUCCCAUUCACGAAAUACUUCUACUUUAAGCGCGGAACGCCCCUUGACGAGGAUUGGAAGCGUAAGGUCCGAGAGCGCCAGACCGCUGCGCGCGAUAUUGGCAAGUACAAUGCGUACGGUAAAGAGGCGUGGAACGAUGAACUGCUUCUGGGCGCCAAGGAGUCGGAACCGGAGCAUAUUGUUGAGGCGUUGAUUUCGGAUGCCGAGAGCACUGCCAACAACACGUCUCAAGAUACAAGCAAGCAAGAGCAAAUCCCAAGGCCGCAUCCCCGGGUAACGGAGGCGGAUAAGAAGGGUGACACCAAGAGUCUGGAUCGGGCUCUUCAGAGGACCCUGUACUUGCUUGUUCAACACAAGGAAGGAUACUGGAAGCUUCCUAGCUCUCCUGUCGCUUCUGGUGAAACCCUUCGAUCGGCCGCUGAACGUACCCUUGAACAAUCUGCUGGUGUGAACAUGAACACCUUUAUGGUCGGAUACCACCCUGUCGGCCACUACGUGUACAACUCUCGCAAACCCAAGAUUGACGAGACAACCGGCGCCACCCUAGCCGGAGAGAAGACAUUCUUCAUGAAAGGACGCAUCAUGGCCGGCCAGGCGGAUCUUUCUGCCAAUGUGCAAAACCUCAAGGACUUCAAGUGGCUUGCUAAGGAGGAGAUUGCGAAGUACGUCUUGCCGCCGUACUACGCUGCCAUCAAGAACAUGCUUGCUGAGCGGUAAUGGAGCUGCGGAGCGUUCUUAUUGCUCGAGUGAAGAGGUAGAUGAACGGGGUCGACAGCGAAUUGGUGAAGAAUCCGGAAGCUGUAGGAUAAUCUGGCUCAAAUCUGCAUAUAUUCGAGUUUAUCAUGUCAUGUAUAACUAGCUCAUCAAUAUUUAUUCCCUUGUUUCAUAUGCAUUCAC